AUGCAUCGAAUGGACGAGAGAUGGGGUGAAAUCGGAAUUAAGAACCCCAACAACAAACGAAGACAGAAACGAGGACGAGAAGAAGAACCAAGGGAAGAGCAGAAGGGACUUACGAUGUUGACCUAUAUCCACCCAUCCCAAAAGACCAUCGUCGUUCCGUACAUAUCGAGGGUUGAUGUUCAAGUUGAUGUCGAGGAUGUUGAUAUCGAAGGCGUGGAAUUUGAAGAUAACGAGCGAACCGAGCAAUCAUGCAGAUCGAUAGACAUUUGUGAAGACAGAAAGAGAAAGGAGAGAAUGAAUCAGUACAACAGGUCCUCGAUCAGCCUCCAAUCCCAAAAUCGACCGAGUGGUGACAGACGAAAGCGGAAGACGAGGAAGAGGAAGUGGAAGACGGAUAGGGUAGGAAAUACGGGGAAGAAGACGAAGACGAGGCAGAGUAAGGACUCCCCAAAAUCGGAAACCCCACUAAAGGCCCAUACCACACGCACGUGCACGACAUUCAGUCCCGUAGUCGCUCGUCGUUGGCGUCCUGCGAUACGAGAGUGGGAGGAGGGGCGUGAUUUCGCUCGUGGGGAGGAUACUGAGUUCGCGAUCCAACCAGCCAGCCAAAACGGGAUAAAACGGGGAUCGAGGAAGGUGUGA